GAUAUUCAUCAAACGUUGGACUGUAUUAGCUGCUUAUAGGCCAGGUAAAUUUCUUGUUUUAUUUGUUUUCAAAACAUCUGAUGGCGCAAAGAAAACGUUAGUGAAUUUAGGUCGUACAAAUCCUUAAAACGUUUUUUUAGUUUUAUUCAUGUGAUUAGUAUAUUUAAUGCAUGUUUUCAUGCCUUGAUGGUCAGUUGACCAGUGAUCAUUAAGCGCAUAUAUGCGCAGAAGUUCGUACGUGUGCGCUAAAAUAAAACGGCAGUAUCGAGCUCACGAUUCCUUUCAAAAAAUGUCAGUGAAACUAUUAAAAAGUUGGAUUAUUCCAGACAGGACAUUUUAUCCAUAUAGUUUAUAUAGUAUCGGUGAUAACACUAAAACUGUACUUAUGGUAUCUAGCGAGAACCAGAUAUACACACUAGUAUUUAAAAAUAUAACGGAAAUAUUUGAAUCUGAUGAAGCACCUCACAAGACUUCAUGCAUUAACCUGCACGGAACUGUUUCCGAUACAGUCGUUACUUCUCAUAACACUAUCAGUAGGAAGGACGACGGAAAACUGAUUGUGUUUAAAUCGUUUCGCGAAUGUGAGCCAGUAGGAGGUAUAGCAGGCGUGAAGGCGAUUUGUUCAACCAAUAAUGGUGCUAAGUUGUUACUGAUGCGUUUAAUAAACCAUGACCAGCUGCAAUUGGAACUACUAGACGAUGUAUCGGAUCAAAGCGUACCUCAGCCUUUAAAAAUAUACGAUCUAUCGUGGGAAAAGACAUCUUUCGAAACAAGCAGAAAGGAUCAGUCUCAUAAAGUCGCAACGGUUUACGUAAGCAAGGAAAAUCUUAGAUUUUUUCAGAGAUUUUUCAACUGUAAAGAUUUGUCGUUGGGUACUGAACAAGUAGUAUUUACGAUUGACAACGGACUGUUUUGGAUAAAAGAAAUAGCUGAUACCUAUGAAGUAGUGACUUUGAAACUUUAUCCUGCAAGCAUCAAUGAAUUUGGUUUUGCUUCAAGCACUGGGUGCUUUUCUGUAAUUCUUGAAAACGCUAUGCUAGCUAUCUACUGUAUUUCUGAAGAUCCAGGAAAUUUGUUAAUACAAGAACAGAAAAUAUUUCUAGGGCCAAAUGUUGAAAGUUUUCAAUUCAUAUCAGAUCUAGGCAUGAUCAUCUAUUCAAAUGGUGAUAAUAUUGUUCAGUUACGUUACUUUUAUUCUGAGCUGAGCAAAUCGAUACAAAGCGAAUCUAAAGAAAUUUCUAUUGCUGGAGUAACAGGUAUUACAUAUUUGAAUUUCGCGCGAACCGCUAUAUGUAUAACAGAAAAUUGUCUGAUAUAUGCAAUUUCAAUCACGCCAUUCAAUGCAAAUCAAGAGCAGCAGAACGGUUAUUUCGAGUUAACAGAUGAGCUUUUGACGCAAGCUAAACAAAUGACCUGCUACCUAACAAACGAGCUGAACACAAGCAAAAAAAUUACUCACUUGAUCGAACAAAAACAGUUACAUUAUGAUGUUCUGACGCGUGCCUCGAAUAUGUCAUUGUACAGAAACCUCAUAAAAUCCACAUUACUUUUUCACAAAAGGAUACCUGAUAUACAGUACAAUACUUUAUAUCUGGGUGAAUCAUUCAUGGAUACAUUUUGUUGUGUGGUCAGCAUUGAUUUUACAAACGAUUUUCAACAACUCCUUAUCCGACAGAAACAUUGGAUUUUAUCAGCGAUUUUUGGCAAAAUGCAGUACCGUAUAAAACUGAGUACAAUUAAUUAUUUUGAAGGAUUGAUUCAGCUCGUCCAUCCUAUUACUAAGCGGAAUUUGAAAAUGCAAGGUUUUCCAGACGUUAGUAUAAGUUUAAGUUCGGUAAUGUGUCACUUUCAUGAUUGCCUCAGCAUACAAAUCCCAAUUGAUAUUAGCAACGCAACAAAUAUCAGUUCGUUAUUCGAAGCAAAUCUUUGCAGUAUUUACGAGAAUAUGACUGUCUAUGAGGAUGACCUCCAGUACAUGGUCUGCGCCUUAGUUAAUCGAUAUGAACAACGAUCUAAUAUCGCGCCCGUAAUUGAAUGCAGCUUCGAAAAAAACAAUACUAAUGUCACAGAUUUUCUAAAUGAUGCCGACAUUCGCGUCCCCAGUGCUAUUUCUGAAUCUACAGAAUUACUGUAUCUUCACAUUGGUGGCUUAGUAGUUAAGGUUCACUGGAAUCCAUUGCAUCGGAAUAAGAUAAGAUUGGCUUCAGAUGCUCCAUUCAUUAUCUUGCUGCUGAAGAUGGCAUACUACCGAAAAUGUAUACAGCAGCUUACUUUACAAUCUACAUCUUUGAAGGCCAUCCUGCUCCAGGUUGCACAGUGCGAAGUACAAAGGGGAGACCUAAUUUCAUACUACCGACAAAUAAGGACAGCCACCACAUGAUAGCAGCACACAUUGACAGACGCAUGGACCGAAUUGAACGAUUGUGUUUGUUGUGUAUGUAUAUAAUGUGUAAAGAAAUUGUAUUCAUUUAUUGCAUGAGUAAAAGAAAGUAAUAGG